CCCCCAACAUCACGAAAGCCCAAAAGCUUCCAAUGUGAAGAUCAUGGUAUACGUAAAAAGCCAAAGAGCCUUAAUGCACAAGCUAUAGAUUAUAUGAAUCCCGAAUGUGCAAAAAUUAUAGAUUGCGCAAACCAAACAGCCUCCAACAUUACAAUAAUGAUUAAAGAACUUAAAAUCAAUGAGUUUUAUAAAAAAACAUGCUAA